AUGCGUGGUUAUAGGAUAAUGGCAAGAACAAGAUCUAGUGCUGGAACUAGCGGCGGUCGUGGAAGAGGUCGUGGUGAAAACGAAGACUCUGGUCAAGGUCGUGGUGUUGGUCGAGGAACUGGACGGAGUGGAUGUCGUGGUAUUGGUCGUGGCACUGGGCCUGAGGUAGUUCAAGGUGUAGGCCGUGGUGCUGGUCUUGAAAACGAACAGGUUGGAGGUCGAGGUGCUGGUCGUGGCGUUGGUCGUGUUGCAGGUCGCGGUGGCGGCAGAGGUAGUGGUCGUGGACGCGGUCGUGGUGGAGCUAAAAAUGAAACUACUAAUGAGCAAGCUGGCAUGCAACCAGACCCAGCCAUGAUUGCCAUGAUUUCCCAAGUGUUCAAUACUAUACUUGCACAAAAUGCUCAAAAUGUACAAAAUGCGCAAAACGCAGAGAAUGAAGAUGCUUAG